AGGAGGAGGAGCCUGGCGAGUCACUCGGGGAGAAAAGUCUGGAAGUCCGCUUCCGCUUCUGGGAGUGGACCUGGAGUUUCCCGAACCGCACCAGUCGCGAUGGCUUCGUCCCCGCAGAAGUCCCCGUCCUCCCCCAAGUCUCCGUCCUCGCGCAAGAAGGACGACUCGUUCCUGGGCAAACUCGGAGGCACGCUGGCGCGCAGGAAGAAGGCCAAGGAAGUGUCUGAGCUCCAGGAAGAAGGAAUCAACGCCAUCAACCUCCCCCUCAGCCCCUCCCACUACGAGCUGGACCGUGAAGACACCAUGCUAGAGGAGAACGAGGUCCGGACCAUGGUGGAUCCCAACUCCAGGAACGAUCGCAAACUGCAGGAGCUGAUGAAGGUGCUGAUCGACUGGAUCAACGACGUCCUGGUGGGAGAGAGGAUCAUCGUCAAAGACCUGGCUGAAGACCUGUACGACGGUCAGGUCCUGCAGAAGCUCUUCGAAAAGCUGGAGGGAGAGAAGCUCAACGUCGCCGAGGUGACGCAGUCGGAAAUCGCUCAGAAGCAGAAGCUGCAGACGGUUCUGGAGCGCAUCAACGACUCGCUCAAGCUCUCCACCAGGAACAUUCGCUGGAACGUGGACUCUGUCCACGCCAAGAGCAUCGUGGCCAUCCUCCACCUGCUGGUGGCGCUGUCCCAGCACUUCAGAGCGCCCAUCAGGCUGCCGGACCACGUCUCCAUCCAGGUGGUGGUGGUGCAGAAGCGCGAGGGCAUCCUUCAGUCGCGGCAGAUCCAGGAGGAGAUCACCGGCAACACCGAGGCCUUCUCGGGUCGACACGAGAGAGACGCCUUCGACACGCUCUUCGACCACGCGCCCGACAAGCUCAGCGUGGUGAAGAAGACGCUCAUCACCUUCGUGAACAAGCACCUGAACAAGCUGAACCUGGAGGUGUCUGAACUGGAGACUCAGUUUGCAGAUGGCGUGUACCUGGUGCUGCUCAUGGGUCUGCUGGAGGGCUACUUCGUUCCUCUCUACAACUUCUUCCUGACGCCGGAGAACUUCGACCAGAAGGUGCGACCGCGGCUCUGGCCUGCUGCCCUUCUCCGUGUGGCCAGCAGGGGCCACACUGGUGCGCCGCCUGGCCUGUGGUUCCACCCACACACUGGAACACUCUCUGGUUCUGGGCUUCAGUCGCCGCCUCCUGGCUGUGCCGCUCGUCUUUGGUUCCGCUCCAGAGAGCGGUGCCAAGCUGCAGAGAUGAGCAGGCGGACUGCUGGCUCCUGGGCUCCGGCAGCGGCCCACAGCAUCUGUAAUCUCCUCCUGCACACACGCGUCUUCACUCUGGCCCAGGGUGAAAAGCUCACAGUCACUGGCUCCCUGUCCGGUUCACGAUGGCCAUGUGCUCUGGGUGGUUGGUCGUGAGAGGUCCCCACACGGACGCGUGUGUGCGCGCGCCCCCCCCCCUCUCACCGGCUGCAGUAGCGCCUCCUGCUGGUGAGGAGCUGCGGGGAGAAGAGGCCCCGGGGCCAAGCCAUGUGACCCAGCAGCUCCGCUCCCGGUGAGACUCCGCUCCAGGUUCCAUCAUGAGCCUGAGUCCUCUGGAGUCAUGUGACCUCCUCCGUCUGCUGCUGUAGAUAAGGUGUGUUUGUGCAGCUGCUCGUGUGUGCGCGCGCGCGCACGUGCUCUGUCAUACUUGUGAGGACCAAGUCUUGACAAGCCACCAUUGUUGUGGGGACAUUGUGUCCUCACAAGGGUGAGAGGGUCAAAACCUCAGUCAAAGCAGUUCAGGAAGAAGCAGGUGCAGGCAGCAGGAAUCAUGGGAGUCGGGGGUGAUGUGGGGCCAAAGGCUGGCGAGGCUUGGUUUGGAGAAGACAGGAGGCACGUGCUGGAGGGAGCAGA